AUGAGAAUAGCCACCUUACAGUUUGCUCCGAAGUUGGGCGAUGUCGAGGGCAAUAUCCAGCAAGCCAAUGAAUUAUUACAGCAUGGCAAACUUCUUGGAUCAGGUGGGCCUGGGACUGGGAUUCGAACCUUGAGGCCGGAUAUCCUGGUGUUGCCGGAGUUGGCUCUGACAGGGUACAACUUUCCAUCAUUGGAUGCGAUCAAGCCAUACUUAGAACGCAUGGGACAGGGUCCAUCCACCAACUGGGCACAGGAAACUGCGAAACAAUACCAGUGUAAAGUCUGCGUGGGGUAUCCCGAGAUCGAGAAAACAGACGCCACUCAAGGCAGCCCGAGUGGCGAGAAAGAAAAAUGCUAUAAUUCUCUUCUGGUGGUUGAUGAAAACGGAGAGGUCAUUCUAAACUAUCGUAAAACAUUCCUAUACUACACGGAUGAGACCUGGGCUGCAGAGGGGAACGCAAAGCGAAGCUUUCAUGAGCUCACUUUGACGAAUAAGGGCCAGGGUCCGGGGUCCAAAGUGGCCACUUCAUUUGGUAUAUGCAUGGAUAUCAAUCCGUACCGCUUUGAGGCACCGUUCACAGAUUGGGAAUUUGCAAAUCGGGUGCUUGAUUCUAAGACCCAACUGGUGGUGCUUUCCAUGGCGUGGCUCACGUUGCUGAGUAGAGAGGAGCUGGCCUCUCUCGCUAACAAGCCGGAUAUGGAUACUUUCAAUUACUGGAUUCAACGGUUUAUACCUCUGAUCAGAAAGAAGAUGGGCCAUGAUUUCGACAUCGAUAAUGCCAGUGAAACCGAGUCAGAUAGGCGAAUAGUUAUAGUCUUUGCCAAUCGAGUUGGAGAGGAGCAGGGGUCUGAUGGGGCCAGCCUAGCUCGGUAUGCGGGAACGAGCGCUAUCAUUGCUAUCAGACAGCGAUUGCUGCCUGUAUCUGCAGAUCAACGGUCUAAGACAAGGGUGGAGAAGUCCCCGGAUGAACCCGAAGAUGGCGACAGGGCCAAGGAGGAGAUGCCACCGAUGGACGUGAAGAUUCAUUGUUGGAAUAUGAUGGGCGCCGCAACCGAAGGGAUUUGUUUCGCUGAUACUACUACGGAUCCGAACAUAGUUUUUGAGUUAGUGAGAAGACUUUAA